UGUGCGAUCUGACGAUAUUAUACCGUGAAAGACGAGCAGGAGUGGAGAAUCGCAGGCGAUCUACCAAAUUUGAGAAAUCGUAUAGAUCGCCAUACCGCGCAAUGUUUUCUGUUUAACGCUGGUUCCCGCCGAUGCGACAGACGUAGGCAUAGAACUGUCCAAUCACAGCGAGCUGUGUGUCCUGAUACUUUCUUUCACGCAUCCAUGUUGUGUUUGUAAGCGCUAAAAGCCGCGUGGACAACCAUGGCUGAAAGCCAAGCCGAGGAGGAGUUGGUUAAGAAGAGGAAAUCCACCUCUGUAGUCUGGAAUUGGUUCGGGUUUUCUCCCACUGAUGAAGAACAAACGUCCGUGAUAUGUAAGAUGUGCAGAGAAGACGUGAGAACGUCCGAUGCCAGUACAACGAAUUUAUUCAAGCACUUGAAAAGUAAGCACCCCAAGGAACAUGCCGAAAGUGAAACGAUGCGAGCGGCGCUGCCAGCCACCUCCAAAGCUGCGGCCUCGGUGGAAACACCAAAGCAAACUACUCUAACCCAGGCAUUUCAAAAAGGAACCCCGUAUGAUAAGACCAGUAAGCGGUGGAGAGAGGUAACAGACGCUAUUACAUACCAUCUAGCUAAGGACAUGGUCCCUUUCGCGACAGUGGAGAACGAGGGAUUUAAACGCCUGAUCAAAGUCCUAGACCCCCGCUAUGCGAUACCAGGCAGGAAGUUUUUUUCCAACACUGCAAUGCCACGUUUAUACACAGAGUGCAGAGAGAAGCUGGGACACAAAAUUCAAAAAGUGCAGUUCUUUGCAACAACCAGUGACCUGUGGUCUAGCCGCACAUCCGAGCCUUAUUUAAGCUUGACCAUUCACUAUAUCGAUAACUGGAAGCUCUGCAGUGCGACUCUGCAAGCAACGUACUUCCCAGAUGAUCACACGGGGGAGCUCAUCGCGCAAGAACUGAGGGACUCACUAGAAAGUUGGGGACUCCGUGAGGAGAACAUGUCCUGCAUGACUACAGACAGUGGGGCCAACAUGGUGAAGGCCCUCCAACUUAACAACUGGACUCGUCUUCCCUGCUUUGGGCAUAGGCUGCAUCUAGCCAUUGAAAACAGUGCCAAAGACCAUCGAGUUGUUCGUGUGACAUCUGUCUGCAAAAAAGUGGUCAGUGCAUUCUCCUUCAGCUGGAAGAAGAAGAGGGAUUUGGCUCAAACUCAAACAGAGCUGAAACUCCCACAAAAGAAACUCAAAACAGAGUCACCAACCAGAUGGGGAUCCAGACUUGCCAUGAUGGAGAGGGUGUUGGAGCAAGAAAGUGCCAUCUCCCAGGUCCUCAAAGCUGACAGGAAGACGCGGCAGUUGGCUCCAUCAUGGCAAGAUGUUGAGGUCAUGGAAUGUGUGAAGAAGGCCCUCGGCCCUCUGAGGGACUUCACUGAUGCGCUGUCUGGGGAGGAUUACGUGAGCGUGUCAUAUGUGAAGCCAGUCCUGCACCUGCUCAAAGUGAACAUCCUCGAGCCAAGUGAAGAGGACAUAGAGCUGACUAACACAAUGAGGACAACAAUCCUGAGCUACCUCAACGACAAGUAUCAGGACCCCACCACUGAUGCACUGCUCGACAUGGCUUCGCUUGUGGACCCCAGGUUCAAGAGGCAGUACAUUGCUACAGAAAAGACGGAGGAAAUACAAGCCAAAGCUGUUUCUGAGAUCGAGUGCUUAUUGAGCACACAACAGCAUUCACUGCCCACCUCCACUUCACAGAAUGAUCCUGAGACAGAAUACCAACCCCCACCAAAGAAGGCAAAGAAAAAAACAUUAGGAAGCCUUUUCAAAACCUCAGGUUCUGCAGCUGACACAACAGGUCCCACCCCAUCUCUGAGAGAGGUAAUCGAGGCUGAAAUGAAGGCCUAUCUUUCCACCCCAAAUGCAGACAGUGAGAUGGAUCCUCUGGAAUGGUGGAAAGUCCACGAGGUAAAUUUUCCCAGAGUAAGCAAACUAGCGCAGAAAUACCUGUGCAUCCCAGCCACAAGCUCUCCCUCGGAGAGAGUGUUCAGCACAGGUGGGAACAUCGUGACUUGUCAAAGGGCUACUCUAAAGCCAGACAAGGUGGACAAAUUGAUUUUUCUGUCAAAAAAUCUGUGACGGGGAAACUGAAUUUCCCCUCUUUAUCAGGAGGAGCACCCUGAUAUUUCUUUGCACUAGAGUGUUGCACUACUUUUUGCUUUGGACAUUUUUUUUAAAGCGAUUUUGUUAUUUUGAUAAGCAUGUAAGUUGAUUUUAAAUCAUGUGAAUAUAGCCAGCAACAGUUUGUGUACUUGAACAUUUCAUAUUUUACUUUCUCUUUUAUAUUCUAAGAGAAUGCACUUUAUCAGAGUGAGAAUGUUCUUUUUAUCAGAAUGAUGUUCAUUUUUAUCAGUGAGAAUGUUUACUUCAUCAGUUGGGAUGUUUAGUUUAUCACAGUGUUUCUCACUUUGUCCCAGUGAUUUUACAGACUUAGUAGUCUUCACUUUUAUUUUGUUGUUUUGAAUCAUAUUCCAAUAGUGCACUUUAUCAGCGUUGUGUGUUUUUUACAUUUUAUUUUGUUCACAAUGUUUGCAAUAUCGUUCAUUAAAAUCUUCUGAGAAAGAAAGCUUUGUAGCCCCGUUUUUUUUUUUUUUUUUUUGAAUAUCGUGAUAAAAUAUCGAAAUCGUGAUCUCAUGCAAAAAUAUCGUGAUACAAUUUUUUUCCCAUA